GUACGUGAGGGCGCCGUGACUCCUCCCGAGCCACUCCCCAAAGAGGGGACUUACCGCCACGAUGGUGGCGUGCCCUGUACAGGAACACCUUCAGCCCACUUGAUCACGUGCGUUUCUGUCACUCCACAUCUUAAUUAAAAAUCAACAUUCCCUUAAGCCGAAUGUGAACUGGUACAUGAGAUACAUUCCUAAUCUUGUUUGUAAUGUAAGUAAUUCAACUUAUGCAAACGCCAUAAGCCGACCUUCACCUCUCAAUCAGUGCACCUUACGCACUUCGCGGCGCCCCAGGCUUGCAAUGUGUCACCAACGAUGUGAACUGUAGGCGACAACACAAGUAUAAAAACUGUAGCAGGUCACACAUUGUCACAGUUGUGCAUUGAUAUUCAUAUCUACAACACACAUUCCAAAAUGGUCGCUAAGUUUGUCAUCGUACUGUCUCUGGCUGUGGCGGCUUACGCCGUGCCGCUGGUGGCGGUGGCCCCGGCAGAGUACGCCGCGCCUGCGCACUACGAGUUCUCGUACUCCGUGCACGACGAGCACAGCGGCGACGUGAAGCAGCAGCAGGAGGCUCGUGAGGGCGACGCCGUGCACGGCUCCUACUCGCUCGUGCAGCCCGACGGCGUGCACCGCAUCGUCGAGUACACCGCCGACAAGGAGCACGGAUUCAACGCCAACGUGCGCUACGAAGGCACUCCCGUGCACCAAGCUCCUGUAGCCAAGCUCGCCUACGCCGCUCCCGUAGCCAAGCUGGCCAUCGCCGCCCCCGUAGCCAAGAUUGCCUACGCCGCUCCCGUAGCCAAGCUCGCCUACGCCGCUCCCGUCGCCAAGCUCGCCUACGCCGCGCCCGUAGCGCACUUCGUGAUUGUACUGUCCCUGGCUGUGGCGGCUUACGCCGUGCCGCUGGUAGCGGUGGCCCCGGCAGAGUACGCCGCGCCUGCGCACUACGAGUUCUCGUACUCCGUGCACGACGAGCACAGCGGCGACGUGAAGCAGCAGCAGGAGGCUCGUGAGGGCGACGCCGUGCACGGCUCCUACUCGCUCGUGCAGCCCGACGGCGUGCACCGCAUCGUCGAGUACACCGCCGACAAGGAGCACGGAUUCAACGCCAACGUACGCUACGAGGGCACCCCCGUGCACCAAGCUCCCGUCGCCAAGGUGGCCUACGCCGCUCCCGUCGCCAAGCUCGCCUACGCCGCUCCCGUAGCCAAGAUCGCCUACGCCGCUCCCGUAGCCAAGAUCGCCUACGCGGCUCCCGUAGCCAAGCUCGCCUACGCCGCUCCCGUCGCCAAGGUAGCCUACGCGCCUGCCCCCGUGUCCUACGCUCACGCUCCCGUGGCCUAUUCCGCGCCCGUCGCCAAGCUCGCCUACGCCGCGCCCGUAGCGCACGUCACUUACUCCUCUCCCGCCAUCUCCUACCACCACUAGAUAACUACCCUUGUUAUUGUUACAUAAUAUGAUUGUUCUAUUUAUUGAAUUGACUAAGUGAUAUUAAAUUUUUGAACUGA